GGGACUGCUCACACUGUGCUGCUUUUUCCCCAGAGCCACCCCUUUGUGCCAACAGUGAUUGAUGGAGUGGUGCUGCCAAAGGCCCCAGAAGAGAUUCUUGCUGAAAAGAAUUUCAACACUGUCCCUUACAUUGUGGGGAUCAACAAGCAAGAGUUUGGCUGGAUUCUGCCAACAAUGAUGGAUUAUCCACCCUCUGAAGUAAAAUUGAACCUGAAGACGGCAACAUCACUCUUGCAGAAAUCUUCUUUUAUUCUUAAUAUCCCUGAGGAUAUGAUUCCAGUUGCCACUGAGAAGUACAUCAAAGGCACCGAUGAUCCAGUCAAAAUUAAAGACCAGCUCCUGGAGUUGAUUGGGGAUGUGGUGUUUGGUGUUCCAUCUGUGGUGGUGUCCCGUGGACAUAGAGAUGCUGGAGCCCCCACCUAUAUGUAUGAGUUUCAGUACAGCUCUAGCUUCUCAUCAGAACUGAAACCCAAGACGGUCAUAGGAGACCACGGAGAUGAGAUUUACUCUGUCUUUGGUGCCCCAAUUUUAAGAGAUGGGGCCUCAGAAGAGGAACUCAACCUCAGCAAAAUGAUGAUGAAAUUCUGGGCCAACUUUGCUCGGAACGGGAAUCCAAAUGGGAAGGGUCUGCCUCAUUGGCCAGAGUAUGAUCAGAAGGAAGGGUACCUGCAGAUUGGUGCCAUCACCCAGCCAACCCAGAAGCUAAAAGACAAAGAAGUAGCUUUCUGGACUGAUCUCCUGGCCAAGAAGCCACCCCAGAUAAGACACACUGAGCUGUGAAUGAGAGUCUCUACAAAUCUUGGGAGACCAGAUGUUUGUUGGCCAAGGUUGGAUCUUUCAGAACACUAGAGAACUGUGUAAGGUUGAGAUGGGAAGAAGCCAAGGGAGGGGAAUUUUUGCACUUGUAAGCACCAAUUUACCAAAUAAAUACUGUUUUGUAA